UGAAAUCAAUUUCCAAUCGGAUUAAAGUUUGAAAGGUUUAAGUAUCAACACAGUCACACACCUUUCUGGUUUUGCUUUUACAAUCAAUGCACCAUCCUUCAACUUAGAACUACUCCUUUCUUCCUCUUCUUCUCCUUCCCCAUUUCCCUCUUUUUCAUUCCUGAUCUCAACAAUUUAUUCAUGCACAAACCCACUUUUCCUUUCUCCUAAUCCAUUGCAAAUAUACCCUUUUUCUGUUCAAUUUUGAAUCUACUUCUGGGUUUUCAGUAUCCUGCAGUAAAGAUCUUUUUGGCGUAAAUCCAAAUCGGUUCUCUAUAUGGAGUUUGGCUGAUUGUGGACUCUCAUCUGCUGGAUUAUCUGUGAAGCUGAAGUUUAAACAUUAAUUUAAUCUACAUUCUAUUUAGGUGAUAAGAGAAGGAAUCUUCCCCGCUUGAAACUAAUUCAAAUGUGUUGAUUUUCUUGAGUUUGAGAAAAUGGGUGGUUGCAAUUCAACGAGUAGUCAAAGCGUUUGCAGUAGUGGGAGCAAUGGAGAGACAAUGCAAUCUUCGUGUUGUUUAGGGAUGCAAUUGUGUCGUCAGAAGAGGAGUAGAAGAACCUUUUCCGACCCUAUUGCAACAUUGCAGCAUCUUUCAUCAAUACCUAAUCGAAUAGUUAGAAAUGGGAAGAGCCAUAGCUCGUGUAUAUUCACUCAGCAAGGUCGUAAGGGGAUAAAUCAAGAUUCCAUGAUAGUUUGGGAAGAUUUUAUGGCAGAUGAUGUGACAUUUUGUGGUGUAUUUGAUGGUCAUGGGCCUCACGGACAUUUGGUUUCUCGCAGAGUGAGAGAUACUUUACCAUUGAAAAUAUUGUCAUCACUGAAUUCUAGCAAGAUAAAGGAAGUUUUGUUAAGUGAUACUUGUUGUAAUGGAGAUCUUCAAUCUGAUGCUGCAAAAGCCGAGAAAAGUGAUUCAGGUGAAGAUAAUAUCAGCUCACUAUGGAGGGAUAUUUUUCUUAAAUCCUACAAGGCCACGGAUAAAGAGUUGAGAUCACAUCCUGAUUUGGAUUGCUUUUGCAGUGGGAGCACGGCGGUUUCUAUUGUGAAACAAGGUUCAAAUCUUUUCAUGGGAAGCAUUGGGGAUUCUCGGGCAAUCAUGGGGUCUAUGGAUAGUAAUGACAACUUGAUAGCAACCCAGUUGACUGUUGAUCUGAAACCAGAUUUACCGAGGGAAGCUGAAAGGAUUAAACGAUGUAAAGGCAGGGUUUUUGCAUUGCAAGAUGAGCCUGAAGUUUCUAGAGUUUGGCUGCCAUUUGAUGAUGCCCCUGGGUUAGCAAUGGCUCGAGCAUUUGGUGAUUUUUGUCUAAAAGAAUAUGGGGUUAUCUCUGUACCAGAAUUUUCACAUAGGACUCUGACAGAUAAAGAUUUGUUCAUUGUAUUGGCUUCUGAUGGGGUUUGGGAUGUAUUGAGUAACGAGGAAGUGGUAGAAAUAAUAUCGACUUCUCCAUCCCGAGCAUCAGCUGCACGGGUAUUGGUCGAAUCAGCAGCCCGUGAAUGGAAGCUCAAAUACCCGACCUCAAAGAUGGACGACUGUGCGGUUGUUUGUCUAUUCUUGGAUGGAAAAAUGGAUUCAGAAUCAGAUUACGACGAGCAAUGCUUCUCUUCUGUCACAAUCCAAAGCAACCAUUCUGGUGGGCCAAUGGAAUCCGAGGAUGGUCAGCAUUCGGAGCCAUCGUUCCAGAGAAACAUCACUGUUAGAGCAACAGAAGAAAACGACUCAUUCCGAAGAUUGCCAGUGGAAGUACUAACUGUAGGAUCUGUACUGGCUGAGGACGAGAAUUGGUCGGGUUUAGAAGGAGUUACCCGCGUUAAUUCACUUGUUCAGCUGCCUAGGUUCUCCGAAGAAAGGCAGAAUUCUGGAUCCGUUUCUUAACGAUUUGAAUUAUUUGAUUGAGUUUGGCUUCCCAUUGUUUCGGGUUCGAAAGGUCGUAUAGAAUGCAGAAGUACUUUCCUUGAUGAAAUUGUUGGUUACAUUAGGUUUUUUGCCGGUUUAUGUUAUUAUGAUAUGUAAAGGAUAAAAUAGAUAAAAGUGCCAUCUUUAUUUUCUA